UGGUUGCAUUCAACGGAUCAUGAUUCCGGCGCGGUAUGGCGUUGCAAGCCAAAGUCACAUAGUAGCUUCCGUGGUUGCUCUCAUGCUCAUUGAAGACAGGCAGCAAUCAAGCAAAUGAUGGUGCAAGUGAAGGUCUCGACACGACAUCUUCGCGACGCUCCAAAAAUAAAAUCGCCAUGACGACGCCGAAUACGACAAAUGCGAGCUUCCUCAGCAAACACCCGCUCUCACAGACGUCGCUGAGCAAUCCUGCCCAGACAAACACGCCGACUCCUCGCAGCGUACCUACGACGGCCGGCAAAGGCGCCACCUCCACGACGGCGCAACCACAGCAUGCUUCGGCUUCCAAGCCUGCAAUGAGUGGCAUCGCCAUGACAAGCAGCUUGAGCCAGACGAGCAAUUCGGGUCUCUCAGCCAUGUCUAACAACCUGCUGGGCGCCUCGCCAUCCAACAACUUGCUCGCUUUUGCCUCGCCCGCUGCUCUAGCUGGUCUGGACAUGGGUACCCCCUCGGCCUUGCUCGACGCAGCCGCCGCUUCACAGCCCAUGAACCUGAGCUUGUCCGACCUAGGCAUUCCUUCGGGCAAACGCAACGAAGACGACGAGCGUAGGACGAAGCUGGAUACCGUACUUGGCAAGCUUCUUGGACGGCAAGACAAACGACGCUUUGGCCGCGUCAGCGAAGAGGGUGUGAGAAGAGUUGGACGCUGGGCAGGCCUGGAUGUCGAAGUUGAAGCUAAGAGAGAAGCACGCAAGUUCGAGGGUAAUAGACCAGUCGCUGUCGCUGGCAAGAACAACGUCUUGAUCGACUUCCAAUUCAAGGACAACCUACCCACCCAUAUUGAUCUCUCGUUUUCCAGUCAAGAUCAGGCCGUCACGUCUCAUCAGCCCGCCGCUGCCAGAGUUCUGCUCGAGGAUCUGACGCCUCCACCUGGCAUCUCUGCCAUCAACACCAAACUCGAUCGCUUCGCUGCGAACCUCGAAACCCUGGCUAGGCUGGACAAAUUGAGUGUAUACGAUCAACUCAACUGCUUUGAAGCAAUCACAGGCGUCUACGAGAGCCUGAAAAAACUUUACGAACAUGAGAAACAAGCUGCACUUACAAUUGUCCAAUCGAAGCGUGGAAACACUGAGCUGAGAGCAGAGAGACAUGUCUUGUGCAAGAGGAGCGGUCGUCCUCAGAUGCACACGCGAAGAAAGAUUGGCCUAAGUCUGGACUACUGGAUGGAGAAGAGCAACAUAUACCUGUCUCCGUCAAAUGCGACAAAGGACGAAUCCGCUAUGGAUCUUGACUCCAAGCCUUCUACUACGCCUACAAACGAUGCAGACGAGCCAGUCUUCGCGCUCGACAUCACAGCUGAAGCCAGCUCCCCCGACAUGUAUCCCUCUAUUCGUGUCUCGUCGUCCUGGAUCGCCGACCGCAUCCUCAAAUCAGCCGAAGAAACGACCGAUCCGACCGACCUGCUCUCCGGUAACCAAAGCAUUGACUGGCAGGAUCCACCACCAACAUACCUCUCCGACAACAAUCAAAACGCAGGUGAUGCCAUGGCCAUUGACAGCAAUCCUAACUCAGGCGCUCAAAAACCUCCCGCUGUACGCUUUGUCGCAAGGCUCAACCCACCGCUUACUAUGCCCUGGACUGCCGCCAAUGCCAUCUUACAAUCUGUUGGCGCUGCUAAUUUGAUGUCUGACCUCCCUGACAUCCAACAUACAUAUGAAGGAUCGCUCCUACAGAAGCCAUCUGAGAUUCCCAUACUCAACAAGCCAAUGAUCCAAUCUUCCGGCCCCGCAGCCUCGGAAACCACUGAUGUGCUCACCCCUGAUGGUGGAAGAGUGCAACACAAGAAUGCGCUCUACGUGCCCAAGCAAGAUUUCGGCUAUGUGCUGAGUUCGAUCCCUUUCGCGCAUCCUCGCCAGGUUAUUACACUGUUACCUGUGUUGAGACAAUGGGCUUGCUUGGGAAGUCUGCUGCGUACCAUUUUCCUCCCGUCCUCGACCACCGCUACUCCUUCGAAUGACGAACCAUCUGUCUCGCUAGCUGAUUUACUCAGCGGCGCCAAUCUCAGCACUGGCACCGCCGUCUCUGUGGAUAUAUCGCUGUCUACGCAACCAUCGCCAACUUUGGACUUCGUGUUCCCUCUCGCAGGUGUGGAAGGUGGAUUGGCUAGUAUUAGCACGAGUAUCUCUAGUGACGGCCAAGUUAUGGUCUUGUCGCAGAACGUAGUCAAAGGUAGCCAGGAAGAGCAGAAUAAAGCUGCUCAGAAGUUGGCCAAGGCUCUGGAACUCGUGGGUGAUGUGGGCGUGUGGGUUGAGUGGGUCAGAAAGACCUUCGGUGCAUAAAUUGGCGGAAUGAGAUGCAUCAUUAUUAGACAAAGAGUAUAAUUCUUGAUGACAAAAACAAUCAUUCAUACAACUCUCGACUACCAAAUUGGACAGACGGUCGCUCCGUCUAAGUGAAAACGAGGGAAGCAUGUAUGACAGAUAAGGAAAGGUCGAUAGAUGAUUCGUCAGACGCUCUUUCCAUUUUCAAAAUCAUCAUUAAAAAGCGAUACAAAUCUAGAAAGUCUUUCGUGCAAGAAGUAUAUACAAACAAGCAUUUCCUCGCCUCUACAGCAGAGAGAUUUAGAAAAAGCCCCUUCCUUACUCAUAACGAUAACAAUAAGCAUCACCAAAAGUAUCCAUAAGCUUACGGAACUC